AUGAAGGUUAUCUACAUCAGCGAGAAGAUUAUUCAAACCCAACAUCUCAAAGCAGGGCGAACGCCUUCUCGAAGCCAAACGGGUGUGCCCGCCGAAAGCUCUUGGGAAAGCGCCAAAAACCAGCUAGCUCGAUUUAUGGUCCGGACCCACAACAAACAGGGCAGCCUGUUGCUCCCCAUGUUCGGCGUGGUGGGCAUUGGUAAGCUUGCUAGGUUUUAUAAAUUAGCUGACGACAACGACAACAACAACGACAUACUAAAGCCCUACCAGGAUGAUGAUGGAAAAAAUUACGACCUAAGUACGGAGUUCAGUUUGAUUGAAAAGAAGCUGCUGGAUAUGAAGCAUUCAAUUGAACAUGGAUAA